CGGGGUUUGCAUUUUGUGGAUUUUCUUGGGCGUUGUUAAAUAUAUCCUGUUACACACGGCACAUGGACCAAGAACAUUAACCUUACAAGUUAAAAGUUAUGUCACAUCCUCAUAUAACUAAGCCUAACUGAUUCCAGCUUGCAGUACGCUCACGGUAAAUAUUUUCGUCCAUUUGGCGUGCACCCGCACAUGCGGAUUGUUCGACGAACCGUAAUUGUUAAGUAAUUAAAUACCUUAACAAAUGUGGCAAUUUUAGUUAAUCUAUAGAAAACAUAGCGCCGACAGGAGUGUUGGAAAAGGGGUUAAUUGGAAACGAAGGAACACCUGCUGAGACUAUAGGCGAGGAUCUUGAAAUCUGUGCAGCGCUGUGAGAUCACAAUUCGAAAUGAGUGAUCCGAAAUUGGAAAAAGCACCUUUUAUAUCCAACCAAAUACCGGUAAAACUUAACCCAUCAUGGGAGUCCCGAUUGACCCAGGAGCUUCAUAAUAAGGGUAGCAGGGUGUCCAAUUUCUUUGCAUCUUUGAAACCACCAAAAGAUAAAUAUAAGAUGGUGUUCUUUAUAUUUCUCCUCCAUGGAUUGGGAACCCUAAUGCCGUGGAACAUGUUUAUAACAGCCAAGGAUUACUUCGUGGAGUUUAAAUUAGACUCAAACACAACGACAGCAUCGGCCGGAUCGUCAUAUGCUGGAAAUUUCUUGCAAUACAUUGGCUUUGCAUCCCAAAUUCCAAACUUGCUUUUGAACUGGUUUAACAUUUUCGUAAAUCUUGGUGGAGAUCUGACAAAACGCAUCGUCUACAGCAUUCUAAUCGAAAUAGUCAUAUUUGUGAUCACAAUUGUGCUCGCGAUGUUGGAUUCAAGCGAGUGGCCAGGUAUAUUUUUUUGGAUAACUAUGAUCUGCGUUGUAAUUUUAAAUAUGGCUAAUGGAAUAUAUCAGAAUACUAUUUACGGAAUGGCGGCCAGUUUGCCGGUCAAAUAUACAGGAGCUGUAGUGUUAGGUUCGAACAUCAGUGGGUUGUUUGCGACCGUUAUUUCCAUAGCCAGCAGAUAUUUGUUUGAUUCUAAACGAACCGCUGCUAUAUACUAUUUUUUGACCGCUAUGUUAAUAUUACUGGUUUGCUUCGACACAUACUUUGCAUUACCCCUAAAUAAAUUCUUCAGACACUACGAAAUGUUAAGUCAAAAUGACGAAAGCAAGAAAGAAUCCAGCAGUAAUGUCAAACCGCCAUAUUGGCAGAUAAUUAAAGAGGCAUUCCCUCAACUCUUGAACAUAUUUUUAAUAUUCUUUGUCACUUUAUCGGUGUUCCCCGCAGUCCAUUCAGAUAUCAAAAGAUCGACGGCAGAAUUUCCUAUAUCAGAUGAGUAUUUUACCCUAAUUACUUGCUUCUUGACUUUCAACCUCUUUGCUAUGCUGGGAAGUUUGACAACCUCGUGGGUCCAGUGGCCCAAACCGAAAUAUUUGGUAGUGCCUGUUGUACUACGCAUUGCUUUCAUCCCUUUGUUUCUUUUCUGCAACUAUCUUCCAAAGGCCGUAAUAAGGACCUUGCCAGUUUAUAUAACUAGUGAUUGGAUUUAUUGGAUUAUUGGCAUUUCAAUGUCCUUUACUUCGGGAUAUUUAAGUUCACUUGGCAUGAUGUAUGCCCCCAAGAAUGUUAAUCCCAAAUAUCAAGUCACAGCCGGAAUGUUUGCCUCCGCUAUGCUAAUCACGGGUAUUUUUGCAGGAGUUAUGUUUGGAUUUGUGUGUCCAUUACUGGUACAGUAGAGCUCCUACAAUUAUUUUCAAUGAUUUUUACAAUUUUAACGUUGUACUCUUUUUAAGGCAAAUACACAUUUUUUAAUUUUUCAUAAUGGAAAUGGAGAUCGUUUUCUUAACAACCGGUUAUAUUUUCGAAUUGAAAUGUCGCCUAAGAAAUUUAUUUGGUGGUUAAGAACUCGAACCAACACAUUUUGCAUCAAAAAUAAUUUAAUUAUAUGUUAUAUUAUACAGUUUUAAUAAAUACAACUUGAAUUUUCUA